AUGGAGGAUGGACUGUUGCCCAGCGACAUCAAUCUCUUCCCAGAGGAUGCUGAGGAUGUUGAUCCCACUUCUGCGUAUUCCUGGCGGAUUAACCAUCAAAUAGGAGAUCAUAAGACUACGGCAGCUCGCACGGCUCAGACCCGCGAUGAGUUCUAUUCCAUGUUCUUUCUCGACUAUCUUGGCAUCAUUGGGCGUCCACUCCAGCCCCUGACACGGCCUAGUGAGCGGUUCUUUGACAAUAUCACCAUUGGUUUCCGGUCCUGGCGUGCUCCGUAUACGGCAAGCAGCUGCACCACCUCCUCCCAUUUUCCCUUGAACAUCGCACAUUCCGGAUUGCGUCGGCCGCGAGCCGGGACACCUGGCGCGACAGGAGGCCGCCUCCCAGCGCAGUGCGCUGCAGGUGCAUCACGCCGAGGCACCGGCCUCCUACAUCAAGACAAUCUCCCUGACCGGAAAGUUGCUGGGAGGGGGAUCGAACCCUCCUGGCAGUUAGAUGGACCCAGCACGCAAACAAUCACGCUUAACAAAUGGACCACCAUUCAGCAUGAAUUCAUGGCGUGGUGGGAUGAACAUGUGCAGGCCCAUUCAUACAAUCCCUUCUGGACCAAGAACCAGCCGGCCUUCCACGCUCAGGAGAGUCGCCUGGGCCCAGACUUCGAAUCUGACUCUGGGUCUGACUCCCAUUCCUCCCCGGCUCACCCCCUUCCGAACGCAGGGCCGACCCGACUGCUGGAGCAACCGGCGGGCCAGCGCAGCCCCCAGGACCCGUCCGUGUCAAAGUCAUUUGCUCAGGAGCGGCGGCGGAUUGAGCAGGAGAUUACAACGCACGAGGUGGCAUACCGGAUGGAGCAGGUGCUCUCCAUGGAUGUGAGUGAGCUCCUCCCAGCGCACCGCCAGUUCCGCACGGUGGUGCAGCCGAUUUUCCAGCUGAUGCAGUUCUUCCUCCGGAAAAGCCAGUCGUAUCUGCACCUCCUCUGGCUGUUUCGGCCGGCGGUCUUCCCUGGGGUGUUGGGGGCUCCCGCGGAUCAUGCGGUCUUGGGUUGGCCCUAUCAGAAGGAAUGGCGGUGCUGGACGGCUGGGACUGUACUGCUUCACUGGGACGGCCAUGGCGCUGAUGCUGUCCAUGCUGCGUCCCCUGGGGACAAUGGACAGCCUUGUGCACGGUGGGUGGCCGUAUGUGCCGCCACAGCUGCUCGGCCUCCGGACGGGGGAUGGAAUCCUGCACCACGGCCGGUGGCCGCGCAGCCAUACUGGACGGCCGAUCCUGCUCCACGCGGCAGGACUGGCGUUGCAUUACGGAGCGGAUGUGGCGAUGGCGCGGCACAGUCUUCUGUGGUUCCAGGAAUUCAGCAUCGGGGCAUCCAGGGACCGCACGGGGCGACGGAGUUUCUUAAGGAAGUUUUCUGGGACUUGUGGAUCCCCCAGAGCGGGAGUUUGUCCGGCAUCAGCUGCUCCCUCGGCUGCCCCAGGGACGGUGUCCCUGACCCAGCAGCACUGGGGGCUGACCCUCCUCCCACUCGUGGGAACGUCAGCAGAGCUACAGGUGCGGGUGACUCACCAAGGGCGGCAGGAUUUCGCGCCCUCAAACCGGCGGCGAUCGAAGCAGCGGACCGGGCAGGGCGGCCGGUGAAACGGCAGGUGAUGGGCUCAGGGUGCGCGAUUCCGUUCCAACAGGUUUGGGGGAUUUUCCGGGAGAAAUUCGCGCAGCAGAUGCGGAUGUUCGAGCGAGGGAACCGGCAGGUGCUGGAGGACUACCAGGUGGCGCUUAACUGCCGGGAGGCGAUGGGGGAUCCGCUCUGGGAUGUGCUGCUGCUGUUGGUGCUACUAGACGGCUCUCGCAGACCUGGUCGGCGUCUCACGUAUGGCCGCCACCACCCCCAAGUCCGGGCACCGCUUCGGCCUCGCCGGUCUCCCCUAGACGUCCAACCUGGAUGGUCUGGGUAUCGUUCGGUCCGUCCCGUCGAGCUGCAUCGUGGCGGAUUGCAGACCCCGCCCAUCCCCCUUCCGGGGCUGACAGGCGUCGGUAAGACGUUUACAGUUGAAGCAAUAGCAGAGUGGUUCAAGCUCCCUCUUUACUCGAUAUCGGCCGGUGAAUUGAUCGUCGAUCAUGGGGACCUCUACGCGCUGGAAUACCAGCUUGAUAUGAUAUUCAAGGUGGCGAAGCAUUUUAAUGCAGUUAUCCUCUUCGACGAGGCUGAUGCGUUUAUGGAACGGCGCACCUCUUACCUUGAUGCCUAUAAUCGUCUUCUGACCGUUCUUCUUCGGAAAUUGGAAUACUACGAGGGCAUCCUUUUUCUCACAUCAAAUCGCGCCAUUGAGUUUGACGAUGCGGUUCUGAGCCGAAUCCAUCUUAAGAUCAAAUACGAAGAUCUGACAGAAGAAUCUCGCAAGGAGGUCUGGAGACAUUUCACCUCCAAAGCUUGUACACCAAAAGGUCCCAGCAUCAUCAAUGAUGAUGACCUUUGCCGUUUGGGGCACAUUGCUUUGAAUGGACGAGAGAUCAAAAAUCUUACUUCCAUCGCGCACGCACUGGCUACCGUUGACAGGAAACAAAUGAGUUAUGAACACCUGGAAUUGGCGGCAAAGUCGACCGAGAAAUUUGAGACUGAGUUUAUCGAUCACCUCAAUGUCUGUGUUCAUCCUCAUGGGGAUCAUAAUGCCGUCCCCAUGCUGGUGAUUUUGUGCGUGAUCAUGCUCAUGUUCCCCAAGAGGAUCGAGCCCAAGGUUGAGUCGAUGUUCGUGUCCAGCAUCACGUCGGGCUCCGGGUCCCUUAUCACGCUUGAGCCCCCUGACGUCCACAUGGCCGCGGAACGUCAACAAGAUGAGGCCAUGACCCUCUCCUGCGGCUUCCACUCCCAGGCGCAAGGAUUUGCGAAUGAGAUCCCGCUGUCGGCCACGAUGAACACUAUCCUCCCGGAUCUGCCGCUGAGCGAGUUCAAGCUCGGACUCGGGGUGCUGAAGCCGGACGAGAGGUUGCCCAAGAAGAUGUACGCUGAUGUCGUGGCCGUUGGCAAGGACGAGGACUGGGUCUUGAACCAUUGGCUGCUCAAGGACGUGAUCAUGGAGCCAGUGCCGCCCAGCGUCAGGAACAGUGCGAGAUGGUCGCCCAAGACCUCGCUCGAUACCACGAAGCUGGUCACGAUCGACACCGACAUCAAAAACUCGUGCGCGGAGCUGACCAUGGACAUGCUCCAAGAAUCUGCAGAGGAUCGCGGAACCGAUCACUGCUUGUGCGUGGGGAUCAGCCCCUACAAGAACGGGGUCCUGCCCACGUUCGCCGGCGUGAUGUCGUACUCGCCUCUGACCUGCAUCGGCUGCACGCCCUCGGUCCAGGUCCUGAGCCAGGUCAUGUCGCUGGUGGCGGUCGUGAUCGAGCAGGCGUUUAUGCGCGAGAGCAGGAACACGGACACCAUGAUUUCGACCAGUACACGGCCAGAGCCGCGUCCAUCUUCUCGAAGUGGGCCGGAGCACGGCCUCGGGCUUCAACCUGUUCGAGAACCAGAUGCAGCCGACCGCGCCCAAGAACCCCUUCUUGUCUGUGAUCAACGAGACGAACAGGGCCGGCGACGUGCGCACCAGCACGGGCCCGAACCUGAACGCGGAGUCAUCGCAGGGCCCGCCUAUGGUCACAAGGAGGAGCACAAUCGGCCAGACGUGCUCAACAGCAUCAUCAGACCUUAA